CAUCAGAGAUCAGUAUAGUUGAGUUGAAACUUGCAGCGAUGAUGACACAAGCUGCAGUCAUGACGAUCUUUUUUGUUUUGGGAGUCUUUCCAAAAGGUCUAACAGCUGUGAUACAAACACAGCAGACUGUGAUGGCAGCAGUAGGAGAAGAUGUCCAUCUCAGCUGUCAGCUCAUGCAGUCUAAAAAAGUUUUUCAGGUCACAUGGCAGAAACUUUCACCUGAUGGGAAGAAGAAUAAUUGUGCCACCUGCAACAAAAACUUUGGACAAACAGUGAAUCCUGGUUUUAAGGGGAAAGUGGAGUUUAAAGAUGCUGGACUGCAGAACUGCUCCAUAGUUAUCAGGAAGGUGAUGGAGCAGGAUGAAGGCUGCUAUCUCUGUGUGUUUAACACAUUUCCUGAUGGUUCUCUGACAGGCAGAACCUGCCUCCAACUCUAUGAGCUGCAUGAACCCAUUCUACAAAUCACAGAAUCAAACUCUACUGAAGAGACAGUUGUGUCCUGCUCGGCCACAGGUCGUCCUGCUCCCACAGUAACUCUGAAUGUCCCACAACAAGACCUCUACUUCUCUCACAACAGCACAGUCAGUGUCACCAACACCAACGGUCUAACAGCUGUGAUACAAACACAGCAGACUGUGAUGGCAGCAGUAGGAGAAGAUGUCCAUCUCAGCUGUCAGCUCAUGCAGUCUAGAGAUGUUCUUCAGGUCACAUGGCAGAAACUUUUACCUGAUGGGAUGGAGGAGAAUCUUGGCAGCUACAACAAACACUUGGGAGAAACAUUGAAUCCUGGUUUUCAGGGGAAAGUGGAGUUUAAAGAUGCUGGACUGCAGAACUGCUCCAUCGUUAUCAGGAAGGUGAUGGAGCAGGAUGAAGGCUGCUAUCUCUGUUUGUUUUACACGUAUCCUGAAGGUUCUCUGACAGGCAGAACCUGCCUCCAACUCUAUGGUCUAACAGCUGUGAUACAAACACAGCAGACUGUGAUGGCAGCAGUAGGAGAAGAUGUCCAUCUCAGCUGUCAGCUCAUGGAGUCUAGAGAUGUUCUUCAGGUCACAUGGCAGAAACUUUCACCUGAGGGGAAGAAGAAGAAUCUUGCCUCCUACAACAAAUCAUUGGGACAAACAGUGAAUGCUGGUUUUCAGGGGAAAGUGGAGUUUAAAGAUGCUGAACUGCAGAACUGCUCCAUAGUUAUCAGGAAGGUGAUGGAGCAGGAUGAAGGCUGCUAUCUCUGUUUGUUUAACACGUUUCCUGAUGGUUAUCUGACAGGCAGAACCUGCCUCCAACUCUAUGAGCUGCAUGAACCCAUUCUACAAAUCAGAGAAUCAAACUCUACUGAAGAGACAGUUGUGUCCUGCUCGGCCACAGGUCGUCCUGCUCCCACAGUAACUCUGAAUGUCCCACAACAAGACCUCUACUUCUCUCACAACAGCACAGUCAGUGUCACCAACACCAACGGUACAGUCACCGUCACCACUACAGCUGUGCUGUCUGGUUUCCAUGGAAACGGUGCACAGGUUGGAUGUGCAGCACGACUGCUCUCAGUCCCUGAAAUUCAGGUGUUUAAGACGAUUCCUGCUGAUGGUUUUGAUGAUGAAUCUGGAUCCAAUAAGAAUUUCACUUUGAUCAUUGCAUUGAUCACAGCAGUGGUCGUUGUUUGUGUUGCGGUAGUUGUCACUGUCCUGCUCAGACAUAAACAUAAGAACAGGGACGCUGAGGAGAUGGAGAUGACACAAGAACCAAUGAAAGACACUUAUGUGUACAAAACACCUUCAAUGAAGCAGGAGAACCAGCAGAUCAGGAAAAGAACACCUCAGGAGGAAAAUCCAGAAGGGGAGAAACCAGAACCAUCAUCUCAACGCACAGUUACAAGGUUAUCUAGUGACAAAUAACCCACAAGACUGUAGUUUCAAUACAAAGUCAGUCAGACUUGAACAAAGCUGCAUCAAAGCAUGUGUUGGUAAAAUGUUCAGACAUUGUAAAAGAAUCAAAAUGUGUCCUGAACAAGAUGAAUCUCUCAUCUUAUAUCUCCAGAUUGAAAACAUUAAUGUAUACAGAGGUUUUGAUGAUGAUUUUUUAAAUGUUAAUUGAGUUAAAUUAAAUGUCUCUUACAUGUUGAAUACAACCAGUUUCUCUUCUUUCUUGCUGUUUGUUGGGACUUCAAACUCUACCAAGUAUUUUAUAAUAUCUAUAAUGUCAGGCGUCUAAUUACAGCAACAUUUUUCAUCAA